AUGGUAAGUUUAUUGUAUUUGCAGUCAUACAGCAGAACAGACGCUCAACGAUGGUCCACUCAAUUUCUGCGUCAUUACAGUUCAUCGUCAGCUGAUAGGAAGAGUUUUCUGGCGAGUCUUAUUGAGAACGUGAAGGAAGAGUUUGAAAAGAACAAAGAACUGCAGGAGAACAAAAAGCAGUUGGAUCAGAGACUCAGAGAGCUUAAUGACAGUGAAGCACUUAAGGAUGCUCGAAAAAAAUUCGAGCUGGUAGAGCAGGAAACAAUGAGAAGUUCAGAGGUGAUCCAAAAAAAGCUAAGUGAAAUCAAGGAUCAUAUGUCUCAGAUGAUAGCUGAAAUACAGAAAACAGAAGCUGGUAAAAAGCUUUCAGAAGCUGCGGAAGAGGCUUUGAAACAGGCUCGUCUAGCUGCUGAAUCUCUUGAAAAAGCAGCUGAGCAGAUUGGUGAUACACAAAUAUAUCAGAACGUUAGUCAAACUGUGAAAGUGGUCAAAGAAGAAAUUGAUGACAUCACUGAUGUUACAAUGUACUCUAGGCCAGAACAGCUCAAAAUGCGUUCGGUAGCCUAUUCAACUAGCGCCUAUGCGGAGCGUGUGAUGGAACCCAAUCCUGAUGCAACUGGCGUGCAAUUACACAAGGAAUCAAGAUGGUAUGCAGGAUGGAAAGAGUUCUCCGAGAAGAAUGUUUACUUCAAUAAAAUAUUGGAUUGGAAAAUUCGAUACGAUGAAAGUGAGAACGUCGCUGUCAGAGUGCUGCGUAGCGUCACCGAUCGUAUUACUUCCGUUUUCACGACCAAGAGCGAAGUAGCCGAAGUGUUGACUGAGAUAGCCAAAAUUGAUCCAACGUUCGAUAAAAUGGAAUGGUUGCGAUUUUGUGAACGGGAAGUUAUUCCCAACGUACUUGAAGCUUUCAUUCGUGGAGAUCUGAAAAUUUUGAAAGAUUGGUGUCACGAAAGGGCAUAUAACGCUCUGGCUGCAGUUGUAAAAGAGUACAAGAAGAUCAACUUUAGCACGAAAGAUUCACGUAUUAUCGACGUGAGCAAAGUUGAGAUGGUAUCGGGAAAAAUGAUGGAACAAGGUCCUGUUCUGAUCAUAACCUUUCAAGUGUUUAUGAUCAAUGUGGUGAAAAAUCUUGAUGGAAAAGUUGUACAGGGUGAUGAGAAUACUCCCGUCCGUGUACAUCAUGUUUGGGUUAUGUGUCGUGAUAUGGAAGAAUACAAUCCAGCAGUGGCCUGGAAAUUGCUCGAAGUGCAUAUGCAAGAAGGUGCAUUAGCAGUGUAA